AUCACCAACAUGGAGGACGAUCCUAACUGGUACACAGCCGAGCUCCACAACAGGAAAGGCUUUGUACCCAAAAACUACAUCAACCUGCGGCCGCAUGCCUGGUUUGCUGGCCGUAUAUCUCGUGGUGUGGCAGAAAGUCGACUCAGACACAGAGAAUGUGGAGCCUUCCUGGUCAGAGAGAGUGAGAGUGCUCCUGGGGAGUUUUCCAUGUCUGUC